AGGAUCAAUGGCAUUUGCACCUAAUUCAGGGGAAAAUUUGGAUCUUUCUUCAUCCAACCAUACUUAGGAUCCCACAACUGAACUUGAUAAUGAAAUUCCCUCUCACAGUUAAAAAUAAAAAACCAAAAAAUACUGAAUAUGAAUGCGAAAGAAAGGCAAUUUGAUGUUUGUAAUUAUCGAGAUAACUCCAUGACCUGCUGAAUGUAUUCAAAAUGGACCCUAGAUGGUGUAUAUAAACCUGACACGUUCAGAAAAUAAGAGUAAGUAUUUAGACUUCCUUUUGGUAGAGCAAGUCACCACAUAGGAUCCCUACCAUGGGCAACAAGGGGUCUUCACUGAAAGGCUUGUUGCUGAUGGUCCUCCUUCUGGUGUCCAACACGUUCCUGGCAAAGAAAGGAGUGACCUCCUUGCCAAUCUGUCCCAAUGGAUCUGUCAAUUGCCAAGUCUCCCUUGGUGAACUCUUUGACCGGGCAGUUAAACUUUCACACUACAUCCACUUCCUCUCUUCAGAAAUAUUCGAUGAAUUUGAUGAACGCUAUGCUCAGGGCCGGGGUUUUAUUACAAAAGCUGUUAAUGGCUGUCACACUUCCUCCCUAACCACUCCUGAAGACAAGGAGCAAGCUCAGCAGAUUCAUCACGAAGACCUGCUGAAUUUAGUACUGGGUGUACUGCGCUCCUGGAAUGAUCCCCUGAUCCAUCUGGCCUCUGAAGUACAAAGAAUCAAAGAAGCUCCAGACACCAUCCUCUGGAAGGCUGUCGAGAUUGAGGAACAAAACAAGCGACUUCUAGAAGGAAUGGAGAAAAUAGUUGGACGGGUUCGCUCUGGUGACACAGGAAAUGAAGUCUACUCUCAGUGGGCAGGCCUUCCAUCCCUGCAGCUUGCUGAUGAGGACUCCCGACUCUUUGCCUUUUACAAUCUGCUGCAUUGCCUCCGCAGAGAUUCCCACAAAAUUGACAACUAUCUCAAGCUUCUGAAGUGCCGCCUAAUCCAUGAUAGCAAUUGCUAAGUACUCGUGGGCCUAAUCGUCUACUGAAAUCAUUCCACAUAGCCCUCUAGUUGCUUUGCCACUUUUCAUUGCAAACUUUAUGAAAAGUCACACUGUACUGUAUCAGGAUCAUCAGUAACUUUCAAGCAUGUUUGUGUGAAUUCUGGCUGCAACUAUUAAGCACCAUUUACCUUGGUGUUUUAAAAUGUUAUCAUAAAUUACUUGUAUGACAAGGAUACACUUUUCUGUCUAAUCACCUCACCUAGUAGUAUUUCAGUGAUAACCAGAUCAUGCAGAUACAAAUAAAAAUAUUACCAAAUCCAAAA